CACAUGGGAUUCAUGAGUGCACUAGUAUCAAUGGAAGUUUACAAUGCAAGUACAUAAAGUACGCAUCUCAAGGCAUGAUACAUUGUUUUAAGAUUGGUGAAAGGAUGUGUUUGAAUGUGUGUUUUUUUUUUAAAUCAACCAAGAGUCAACCAGCUAGAGUUGUGCAGCAGUUUUCUGUUGGAGUAAUGCAUGCAAGUUUGAUCCUUCUUCCACCCCGGCAUGCCCGUGCUGGAGGGGCUGUGGAGUCCAGAUCUCAGGCUGGGUGUCGAAGGUGGAGGCUGCCCGGAUGAUGACGCCCCUCGCUCCCCGGUCUGGGGGCCCUUGAAGACCCCGUCGGUCACCUGCGGGGGCUUGUCUCUGGCCCUGGAGCUCCCGGCGCUCAUACGGCAGCUACGGGCAGCGUGGCGGGCGCGCAGAGGAGGAGGACGACCGCGGCAGCCGGAGAGAUGUCAGGAUUGUGCUUGGGUGGAAGCUGGAAAGGAAGAAGCAGAAGAGGAGGAAGAGGAGGUGAAGCAUGACCAGGAAGACAGGAGCGCACAUCUGGAAGAUAGCAGAGGGACUGCGUGUCAUGGCGGCGUGUUGCUGGCUGAGAGAAGAGGCUCCUAUCCCUUAAUUGACCUGCAUGUCGUUAAAACCUGUGACCAACAGAGGGAGGUAGAGGCUGACAGGAGGAGGAAGGUGAAGAGUCUGCUGAGAUUUCAGAGGUACUGCCACGCUUCCCGGCUGCUUAGGGGGUUGGUGCCCCGGACGCCCGAGUCUUUGCAUCUGCUGGACGACGACUACCUGGGCCAGGCUGAACACAUGCUGUCAAAAGUAGGCUCUUGGAACUUUGACGUUUUCUUUUUUGAUCGUCUUACAAACGGUAACAGUCUUGUGACGCUGAUGUGCCACAUCUUCAACGUCUACGGCCUCGUUCACCACUUCCAGCUGGACAUGGUCAAACUGCACAGGUUCCUGAGCACAGUGCAGAGCGACUACCACUCCCAGAAUCCUUAUCACAAUGCUGUGCACGCGGCCGACGUCACCCAGGCCAUGUUCUGCUACCUGCAGGAUCCCAGGCUAGCAGAGCAGCUGAGCCCACUGGAUGUGUUCCUGGGUUUGAUGGCGGCCGCCGCCCAUGACGUGGACCACCCUGGCGUCAACCAGCCUUUCCUUAUCAAGACGCGACACCACCUGGCGUCUCUCUAUCAGAACACAUCAGUGCUGGAGAGUCACCACUGGAGGUCCACAGUGGGCAUGCUGCGAGAGUCACGACUGUUGUCACACCUGCCUGCUGAUGUGUCGCAGGGAAUCGAACGGCAGCUGGGUUCUCUCAUCUUGGCCACAGACAUCAGCCGACAAAACGAGUUCCUGCUCACCUUCAGGGAACAUCUAGACAAUCAAGACCUUGAUCUUCAGCUGGCUUCUCACAAGCACUUUAUCCUGCAGAUUGGCCUCAAGUGUGCAGAUGUGUGCAACCCGUGUCGCGUUUGGGAGCUCAGUAAGCAGUGGAGUGAGAGGGUGUGUGAGGAGUUCUACAGGCAGGGUGACCUGGAGAGGAAAUUUGACUUGGAGAUCAGUCCUCUGUGCGACCAACGAGUGGACUCGGUCCCAGCCAUCCAGAAUGGUUUCAUUUCUUACAUUGUGGAGCCGCUCUUCGACGAAUGGCACCGCUUCACCGAGCGCAGCACGCUCAGCAGCACCAUGAUGCGUCACCUGCACACCAACAAAGCCCGCUGGAGGCGUAUGCUGCACGCUCGCAACACGCCACACCCCCAAACACAGCCGGAGCCUGAAGAAGACGACAUCCCAUAAUCCCCCUGGUGUAUCAUGAAGUGAUCUCUAUUUCUUAACGGGGAGGACAGGGGGGGGGCUUGUCCACCUCCUGGUUGGGUCUCCAGGAUGUUUUCAUCCCUUGUGAGGACAGGAGAGCUGGUUUAGGGGAGAAAUGUCGCCCACUGCUGGGAAGUACUAAAACUGCACAGUGCAGUGGAGUCUUGGUGAAAAAAUUACUCAAAUUAAAAAAAAAAAACACUGAGAUGUGUUAACUAAAAGUUGUGGAUGAUGGCACACGAUUAUGUGAAUACUUGCACAAUACUGUUGGCACAAAAGCAGCCAUAAAUAAAUAAAUACAUAUAUAUAUAUAU